UCUGAAAAACAACAACAAAACAACAAUCACUCACAUUUUUCUUGAAAUUGGCAAUUCCAAUGCUACUUCCAACUACAAGAAGUUGAUUUUGAGAUUCAAAUGUGGUUGUUUAUAUAAACCUUGAAACUUGAAAAAACUUGGGGGGUUAUUUUACUUGAAGAGUACAAGUCGUGUGACUGAGAUAACAUUUUAUAAAACUGGGAUUCAAAAGGUUUCAAAGUGUUUGUGGACAUUAUUGAAAGUGCUGCCGAUCACAGCGACCGCAGCACGGACAUCAAGCCAGCCCUCGUUCUUCUCGACAGAUCGAGAGGAGCUUUUCUCGUCGGUGACGACAGUAUGAACAUAAAUGGUCCGGGGCCAAUAAUGGAUAUGUCGAUGAAUCCGAACGGCUAUCACCAGCCCUACCUGCCCCCCUCCAUGAUGCCCCCGCCACCCCCGCACAACGUUUCUGGCGGCCCACCCCAACAUCACAACGAAGGACAGAUGAACGUCGGUCCCCCGCAGCAGCAAGCCCCCAGCUCCCACCCUUCGCAACAGCAGCAGCAGCAACAACAGCAGCAAGGAGUAACAAAUCAAAACCAGGGGGGUAACGCCCCCUCGAGUAAUAAUGCCGGAGGUUCCAAUUCCAAUCCGGGUAGUGCCAGUGGGGGUGAAAAUUCUGGCGGAAUGGGGGGUGCGGGUUCCGGCGGGGAAUCCUCCAGUCCUAAUAAGAAGCAGCAUAAUAACAAGUCUUGGCCUAAAAAGAAAGUUUAUAAGAAACCUGACCCUAAUGCACCCAAACAGCGGAGAUUUUCGGGAUACUACGUGUACAUGAGGGAACGCCGUGACCAACUGCGUUCAAUGUACCCGGAGAUGCCUUUCUAUGAGAUUAUCCGACAAUUGGCUCAGGAGUGGAAUAAUAUGGACCGCGAAGUAAAACAGAAAUACCUCGACUCUGCGGAAGCUGAUAAACAAAAUUAUGAGCGAGAGAUGAGCGCAUACAAGAAGACUGAACAGUACAAAAGUAUGAACAAGAGGAAGAAGAAGAAUCCGGCAGCUGCCCAAAAUUCCACACUGGACAUGUCGAUGUCAGGAGCAAAUGCAAUGUCCACUGCCAACAGUUCGUACAAUUCGCCCAUGAUGAGUUCGAACUUACCUGGCAGCUCUGCUAUGAACAUGAUGAGCAGACCUUCUCACAUAAAUCAUGAUACGGGUAUGGAAAUACCCAUUUUUACAGAGGAGUUUCUUGAGCAUAACAAAGCGAGGGAGCUCGAGUUGCGUGCCCUUCGUAAGACCGUGACGGAAUGCGAAGAACAGAAUGCGACUCUGCAAAAGCACGUGGAGCAAAUGCAGCAAGAGAUUGAAAGGAUGGAACACGAGAUGAGGCAACAAAAACUACAAAAUGAAAUGUUGAGCCAAAACUUAAAUCGGUUGCGGUCAGUGCUGGCGUCGUCUUUUGCCUCGCUUCCGCUUCCAGGGACACACGAACCCCCCAAUAUCCACACGAUCGACAAGUACAUGAACGAAGUAAAAGCCAUGCAGGAAGCAAAUUCAGUUCAUUUUGCUCCAUUCCUGAAUCGCGUGAAGGAUAUCAUUAGUCGCCUUGAGUUAUGAUUUGCUUAACUUAAAUUCUCUUCUUCGUUUCACAUCCGACAGAUCAUCAUAAUGCGGUGGCAGGGAGAAUGAUUUACCACUCACAAAUACCACAAUUCAACAAUAAUGACGAUGACGACAACAACGACGACGGGACAACAUUUCCCAAACAACUUUCUCGACGACAAGAAUAAGAGGCAUUCUCCUCCUCCUACAACACUCGACUUGUAAAUUCCUUCUUAUAAACGUUGACCUCAUACAACAACACUUCACCAUUAUGCGAUCAACAGCAUCACCAUCCAUCAGUUCUUCGGCCCCAGAGAAAGAAAGAAAGAAAAGAAAUAGAGCGAUCUCUGCAAAUGCAAUACAAUAAUCUCCUUUACUUCGUACAAAAGUAGGUUUAAAGAAGACAAAGCCAUUCAACAAGUAGGAAUUCACACACUUUUAGAGCAAAAGAGAGUUAAUGCACGUGGCCUAUGUAACUCUACUUCCAAAUUUAAAUUAUUUAUAUAUAGCUUCUUUCCCCAUUUUGUUGAUUUUCUAUUCAUUUUCUCUCAAAAAAUGAAUACUUUAUGAUUAAAUGGUUGUUUUUUUUGUAUAAAAGUUAGACUUGCCCCUUCUGUCUGUGUGUGUGGUUGUUGGUGAGUUUUUAAAGAGUUCAACAAUGACGUUGUAUGUAUGGUGGUGUUGGUGUGUGUCAUCGUCAUCAUUCGCCCACAGGAGAACAAAAAAAUCCUAUGAACCAAAUUUACAAAUACUGACCCACCACCAUCAUGUCAAAUUCUUAACGAUUUAACGUAAUUGUCCGACUCUCCUGGACGGACUUUACAAGAAAACCCCUUGAAAUUAGAUGAUUGAGAUUAACAUACACUAUUAAAAAAGUACAUGACGAUGAAUCAUCGUACCAUGUAGAAUCUAUUCAUUAACUAAUUUAAAAUUGGGAUAGAGUGCAAUGAAUUGUUGACGAUGUGAAACGAAUAAGUAGACUACAUAGUUGAGCUAAUAAUGAUAAUAAUAAUAACAGUUACUUUAUUGAUGACAUAUAUGAGUGACUUUCACUAACUGGUAAUACUUAUAUGCAGGUGAGAGAGCAAGGAAUUUAUAUGCAUUUAAUUUCUACUUAUUUAAACUGUUGAACACAUAUAAUAUAUACAUUUAUAUUUGUUUUUUGUUAACUUGAUAAGUUUCAUAAUGAAUUCGAUAACAAAACAAUAAUAACUACUUCAGUAUCAGGUCAGGUCAUGCCAGGUGAAGAAUAUGCAAAUUGUACAAAUUACUGAGUUCUGAUAAUUGGAAAAGCUUCCUAAUUUUGUUAUUGUUCUACCUAUUAAUUAAUUACUAAUGAUAACUUUUGUAGCAAAUACAACAGAGUCCUAUUUAUUUUGUACUGAUUCUUGACUCGGAUUUUUUUAGAAAUGACGUAGCCUUUCCUCUUCAGGGGUUUGCAUUUAUUUAUUGUAAAUCCAAUUCAUUUAUUACCCCACAAAUUCAAGCUGUUUAUAUCGGUCUCAUUAGUUAAGUUGUUGUACACGAGAGGAAGAUUAUGUAGAAAGCAGAUAUUCCCAGGAUCUAAAUUAAGAUAAAAUUAAUAACUACUACCAUGAGAAGGAAACUCGUCGAGGUAAUGCAAACAAAUUUUAGUUUAGUUUCUCGAGAGUGCAGAGCAUUUAGGCAAGACAAAAUAAGUUAAAAGAAAAACCAACAACAAGAAUCCAAAGAAUAUAGUUCUGAGUUCUCCAAACAAAAGAAAACAUAAGCCAUUUGUUAAUUUAUAUAAAACAGUACUCGAGUCUUUUUCUUCCUUGAAAUCCAAAUGAAAUGAAAUCUAAUGACAUUUACACCAAGUUACUAUUACUUAUAGUACUUAUACCGUUGACUCUUAAAGAAGAUGAUAAGGUAGCUUAUCUUUACGUUAUUAUUGUUAUUAUUAUUAUUAUAUGUAUUACGUAACUGUACUGAAGUUAAAUUAGUUGUAAUUUUAUGAUAAGAGUAAAAUGUAGUUGGUACACAAUAACAGGAAUCAAUCUAUGCUGAAAUGUGCUAUAAUCUAUUUAUAGAGUAUUUGGAUAUCUGUAAGAAUAAUAUUUCACCACCAACUAGAAAGAGAAGAAGAAGAACCUACUAUGCCAUAUUAUUAUUUACUUAUUGACUUUGUUACUGACUUGAUAAUAUUUAUUUAAAAACAAGAGGAAUUAUUACCAAUUAUAUGGUUAGAAAAGGUGGUGAAGAGAUUUGAUGAUGCAUUCUCCACUUGAUAUAGAUUCUUACGUUGUGCAGUAUCAGUAAUAUUUAUACAUAUACUGCUGUAUAAUAGGAGAAAAGUUUUGUUAUCUCAUGUCCCAGUUUGAUUUGGUGUUUUUUGUAGUAAAGAAUAUAGUUAAAAUGA